AUGUCAUUUGGUAGAAAAGCUGCUGAAAGAUUAGCCAAUAGAUCCAUUCUUAUCACUGGUGCUUCAUCUGGGAUUGGUGAAGCAUGUGCUAAAGUUUUCGCUGAAGCAUCUAAUGGUCAAGUUAAAUUAGUUUUAGGAGCAAGAAGAAAAGAACGAUUAGUUAAAUUAUCUGAUACUUUAAUUAAACAAUAUCCUAAUAUUAAAAUUCAUCAUGAUUUUUUGGAUGUUACUAUUAAAGAUUCAAUUUCAAAAUUCAUUGCUGGAAUUCCUCAUGAAUUUGAACCUGAUGUAUUAAUUAAUAAUAGUGGUAAAGCCUUGGGGAAAGAAGAAGUUGGAGAAUUGAAAGAUGAAGAUAUUACGGAAAUGUUUGAUACUAAUGUCAUUGGAGUCAUUCGUAUGACUCAAGCAGUUUUACCUUUACUUAAAAAAAAACCUUAUGCUGAUGUGGUUUUCAUUGGAAGUAUUGCUGGACGUGUUCCUUAUAAAAAUGGAGGUGGUUAUUGUGCAUCUAAAGCUGCUGUUCGUAGUUUCACCGAUACAUUUAGAAAAGAAACUAUUAAUACUGGUAUUAGAGUCAUUGAAGUUGAUCCAGGUGCAGUACUUACUGAAUUUAGUGUUGUUCGUUAUAAAGGUGACACUGAUGCUGCCGAUGCUGUUUAUACUGGUACUGAACCAUUAACACCAGAAGAUGUUGCUGAAGUGGUUGUUUUUGCAUCUUCAAGAAAACAAAAUACCGUUAUUGCUGAUACUUUGAUUUUCCCAAAUCAUCAAGCUUCUCCAGAUCAUGUUUAUAGAAAACCUAAUUAA